UCCAUUUCAUGCACAUUUAAUUAUUGCUUCCUAUUUAAUUUUAAUUGUUAAACUUCUGGUUCGCUUUUCUUUUUGGAGAAUUCUGUGGAGAAAGUCAGUGUCGCCGAUAUGGUGGAAAAACUGAAGGAAUGUGUCUGCAAUUAAGUGGGUAGUCGCAUGCUUGACGCGAGAUAUUGAUAAAAUUCAUACUUUGUUGCUAAAUGAGCGUCAUAAAAUCAUCCGGCAAUAUUCUCCUCAUGGUUCUUUUUGUGCUGUUGUGAUAAGAAUUGACAGAUAUGUGUAUGAACCUUAUAAUCAGUUUAGAUAUCGGAUUGCGCGCAAUUUUUACAAUUUGUCAUGAUUUAUUUGUUUUGAAUUUCUCUGUUGGGAAUGCUUUGUGAAGGAAAUAUUAGUAUUGUGUUCUCCCAGCGCUUGGUUUUGCCCACUUGGAAGUCUUAAAAAAGCAUAUAAAUAUCCAGUAUAUAGCAAAUCAACACUUAAUUUGCGUCACGAAAGUUGGAAAAAAUGUUUUACACAUGUGUUAGAAUAAUUGCGAUUAUUCUGCGGUUUUCUAUCCCUCUCUUUUUGAUAGUUGUAUAGCUUUAAUAGUGAGUCACUUUCCUAUUGCAUUGGUUGAGCAGUGAACAGACGGAAAAGACUAGUUUUGCGAGUUGAUUUUUUUUUUUUUGCGAAAUUGUGUCGCGAAUGUUAAAUAUAUUACAGCAUUUAUCAGGUGGCACUCGAAGACACAACACCGUGCAAUGGAUUCACAGAAUAACAUUAGGGCAAUAACGCCUCAUAGUUUUAUAUCUAAAUCCGCAAGCGAAAUGCGAGAUUUGGCAGCUCGGAUUUGCCGUGAUUACUUAACUGGUGCCUGGAAGACAGUCUCAGCGGAGGAGAUCAAGUUGAAACGCAUAAGUGGUGGCCUUUCUAACUAUUUGUACUAUGUAAGCCUCCCGGAAGGCAGCAGGAACUCUACAAGAUCAUCGUCCAUCUCAUCUACGACUUCUAUACCUUCGGAGCCCAUCAAUUUAGUGCCCAAGAGAGCGCGGAAGAGCAGCGGCGAUGAUUUCUUGCGUAGCGGAACUGUUUAUGAGCCCCACGAAGUGCUGUUGCGUAUCUACGGUCACACACAUGGCGAACAGGCGCUGGAGACAAUGCUCACGGAGACCGUUGUCUUCGCUUUGCUCAGCGAGAGGAAGUUGGGUCCGAAGUUGCAUGGUAUAUUUCCCGGAGGACGCAUUGAGCAGUAUAUUCCAGCGAGAGCUCUGAGAACGCCAGAAUUGUCGAAUCCGCGAAUUUCGGUGAAGAUCGCCGAGAAGACUGCAGAGAUUCACAGCCUGAACAUUCCAGUGUCGAAGGAGCCGGACUGGCUGUGGAGCACGAUGGAGCGAUGGCUGAAAACCGUGGAGUCGGUUCUCGGGAAAUUCCAGCCAACCAACAGCGAUGAGGCUGUGCAGCUGGAGAAAUUGCGCCAAAUUGACUUUCGAGAGGAAAUGGACUGGUUUAAGCGAACGGUGAGAGCUUCACGUGAAUUUCCCGUCGUGUUCUCUCACAAUGAUCUACAAGAGGGUAAUAUUCUCUUCAAAGACUACGAUUCAGUUGACCAGAGAAUUAGCGAUGACAAGGACUUGCUUCAGAUCAGCAAUGAUGGUCUGAAUGCGAAUUUUGGUUCAAUUCUCCUAGCAGCAGCUCAGCCGUCAACGAGUGACGAUGCCAUGGCAGAGGACAAUGGGAAUGUCGUGCUAGGCAUUUCGCGGAAGAGAUCGCUCAACGAGAUGGAGGAGCUAGACAAUACGCGUGACUCCGUUUUGAGUGGCAAUUCACAGUUGUUCUCCGACAGUAAUGAUGGAUUCGAUCCAGAACUCAUGAUCAUCGACUUUGAGUACUGCUCUUACAACUAUCGCGGCUUCGAUUUUGCCAAUCACUUCAUCGAGUGGACUUUUGACUACAUAUCUAAUGAGAAUUAUCCAUUUUUCAUUCACAAGCCUGACCAAUUUCCGAACCAGGAGCAAAGGGAGCAAUUCAUUGGCGCGUACCUGCGAAAGUUCCUCGAGAAUGACGAGUAUAAAGCGAGUGAGGAGGAAAUGCGGGAUAUACAGAAGGAAAUCGACUGCUUCACAAUGGCAUCACACCUUUUCUGGUCACUCUGGUCGAUUGUAAAUGUGUACCAGGAAAUCAAAUUUGGCUACUGGAAUUAUGCAAGCUGUCGCAUCGAUGAAUAUUUCCGGGCCAAGCGCGCAUAUCAAUCACUGUACGGAUGCACUGGUGAAGAGGCGUGAGUAGGGCGUCUUUGAAGAAUGAAGUUAACCUGCUGUGUACUUACGAUAAGGACAUUCUUGCAAUUUGUGAACAUCCUCUGUGAUUAUAAUUCACACAUAAAUCUAAACAUUUAGCAUAGGGAAGUUAUGUGGCAGUGAUUCUCAAUUGAGGUGACUGAGGUAGAGUUUAGUCUAAAUAUUCGGUUGUAUUCAUCAUUUCUAAUCUGCAAACAGAGAGUACAAAAGCCUUCGAUUUCAGUGUAACUUAAGAAUUCUUUCGAUCACAGAUUAAGCGGCUCCACGUGAUUGCCAAGAAGAAGUAGGCUUUCUUUCCAGCGAGAGAGACACUUAUUGUUGCUGAUGGGCGUUCUUAUAGUAAUGCGAUGAGAUUAUUCGUGAAUGAGAAGUCGUUAAUCCAUUGUGUAGACUUGUUAAAUGUAUAAAUUUGCAAUGUUUAUUAAAUCACGAUGACAGGGUAUAA